UCUCUCUCUCUCUCUCUCUCCCUCUCUCCCUCUCCCUGUCAGGUUUCUGUCUCUGCUUCUCUCUCUAUCUUUCUCUUGCUUUUGUAACUUUCACUCUUAAGAUCCAUAGCCUCGUGGAACUAGGAGUUCCUCUCCUAUCUUCGUACUCCACGUCUCUCUUCAUUUUUUUUCUUAUUAAGUAAAAUUUUAAAUUAAUUAUUUUUCAAGCCCAUUGGCAUUCUUUUUCUAAGGUAAUUUACCAAGUACCACACAAAUAAAUAAAUAUAUAAAUAUUGGAGUACCUUUUUAUUAUUAGUUAUGUAUUUUUCAUUCCAAUUAAUAUUUGAAUUGGGUUUCAAAUAUUAUUCUUUUUUACUAAGUCAAUAAGCAGGGUUGGUUUGGUUCUUAAAUAAGGAAUAAAGGCCAUAUCUUGGAUAUUUCGUUUUACUUUAAAAGAAAAUUAGGGUUUGGUUGAUAUAUGUACUUUGCUUUGAUCAAAGUAGAACAGAAGAAAAUUCUUGGUGAGUUUUUUUGGGGAAUUGGGAAAGCAGUCAAUUCUUUUUCUGUUUCUAUUUGUGCAUGCAAAUAUUAGGGAUUUGCCUUUGUUUUCUUUCAGAAAAGGUGAAUUGGAUUUGAGGAAUGGGUUCUGGUCUGCAUUGAUUUUGAUGGGUCAGUAGAAAGAUUGAGUCUUUGCCGGUAUAGAUAUUGUCAUUCUUGAUUUUAAACCCAGUAAAACCAGACAAUGGAACAGUUCAAAUUGGCAGCAGAAUCUCAUAUUAAGGAGGAGCCUUCAUCAAAACACAAUUUGAUAGGCAACGGUUCUUUUGAGUGCCCGGGAAGUCCUCGAAAUCAAGAGAUAAUGGCUAGAUGGGAUCCAUCUGAAGCGUGCAGGCCCAUCAUUGAUGAAGCUCCUGUGUUUUAUCCAUCGGUUGAGGAGUUUAAAGACGUGCUUGGUUACAUAUCAAAGAUACGUGCAAAAGCAGAAUCAUUUGGCAUAUGUCGGAUUGUCCCUCCAUCUUGCUGGACUCCACCUUGCCCUCUUAAGGAGAAAGAUACAUGGGGACAUACUAAAUUUUCUACUAGAACUCAGCAGGUUGAUUUGCUUCAAAACAGGGAGCCCAUGAAAAAGAAAUGCAGAGGCCGAAAGCGAAAACGGAGGAGGAACUCAAGAAUGGGAAGCACAAGAAGACGUGCCAAUUCUGGUAGCGAAGCAAAUGUUAAUUGUGAAAUUGAAGAGAAGUUUGGAUUCCAUUCUGGAUCAGACUUCACACUUGAAGAAUUUCAGAAAUAUGCGGGUCAUUUUAAAGACUGUUACUUUGGAAUGAAAGACAUUAAGAAAGAUCCAGUGUCUGGUGGAAUAGACCAAAAGAAAUGGGAACCCUCUGUGGAGGAUAUUGAAGGUGAAUACUGGCGGAUAAUUGAACGACCAACAGAUGAGGUUGAGGUAUACUAUGGAGCUGAUUUAGAAACAGGAAAAUUUGGAAGUGGGUUUCCCAAGUCAUCGUCCAUGGUGACUGAGAGUGACUCAGAUCCAUAUGUGGUGUCAGGUUGGAAUCUAAAUAAACUGCCACGCCAACCAGGUUCCGUACUGUCUUUCGAAGAAAGUGAUAUCUCUGGGGUUCUAGUGCCAUGGCUUUAUGUUGGAAUGUGCUUCUCAUCUUUUUGCUGGCACGUUGAGGACCACCAUCUAUAUUCACUAAAUUAUCAUCAUUGGGGUGAUCCAAAGAUAUGGUAUGGAGUUCCUGGAAGUCAUGCUUCUUCUCUUGAAAAUGCAAUGAAAAAGCAUCUACCUGACUUGUUUGAAGAACAACCACAUUUACUUCAUGAACUGGUUACUCAACUAUCUCCUUCAGUUCUAAAAGCUGAAGGUGUACCAGUAUAUCGGGCUGUUCAGCAUUCUGGGGAGUUUGUUCUUACCUUUCCAAGGGCAUACCACUCUGGAUUUAACUGCGGGUUUAAUUGCGCAGAGGCAGUAAAUGUCGCUCCCGUUGAUUGGUUAGCACAUGGGCAACAUGCAGUUGAGCUUUACAGUGAGCAGCGUCGCAAGACAUCAAUAUCACAUGACAAGCUUCUAUUGGGAUCAGCUCAGGAAGCUGUCAAGGCUCUUUGGGAGCUGUCAGUUUUGGGAAGGGAAACACCAAGAAGUUUGAGGUGGAGAAGUGUCUGUGGGAAGGAUGGGAUGCUCACAAAGGCUGUAAAGACAAGGGUGCGGAUGGAGGAGGAGAGGGUAAAGUGCCUUCCAGGUCAUGUGAAAUUCCUGAAGAUGGAAAACGAUUUCGAUUUGGAAAGUGAGAGAGAAUGUUUCUGGUGCUGUUAUGAUUUACACUUAUCUGCUACCGGCUGCAGGUGCUCCCCUGAUCAAUUUGCUUGUCUUAAACAUGCAAAAAUUUUAUGUUCAUGUGACGUAGAACACAGACAUGUCCUUCUCCGAUACACUGUGGAUGAGUUAAACACACUAGUUGAAGCAUUGGAGGGAGGUUUAGAUGCUUUAAAAGUUUGGGCGUCCGAAAAUCUUGGAACUAUUUCUGUCAACGAGAAAGGUGCUCCUGCAGAUGAGUUGGAUGCAAAAGGAGAGCUAUUUAGACCUGACUCACCUGUGAAACAAAAUUUGUCAUGUUCCCCUGUUGCAGAAGAGGUUAUAGACACUUCUGCUCCUAUUCGUUCAAGUAGUCAUGUUUUGUCAGAAGAAGUCCAGUCAGCUCUCCAAUCUUCAAGUGUGUCUCAUUUAACUACUGAUCACCACGUCAGCACCUCAAAUGAUUGUCUGGUCAAGGGCAAAGAAGUAAACGUGGGGCAACAGGGAUGUCCUGAUUUGAAUCUUGAUGUUGAUUCUGCUGAUCAUGAAAGUGGAGUGAUUUAUGUGUCCAAAAGCUAUGAUACCAAAGAUAUCUCAGAUGCGGAGGAGAUACAAAUGUCAGUGUGCAAGCGAAAGAAAAUUUGCAGUUCGGACGCAGCAAAACAAAUAGAUAUUGUUGUGCUUGACUGUGAUUUUAAUUCAUCUGAAUCUCAUGAACCAAAUAGAGAUCUAUCUUCAUCAUCAGUUGUUAGGCAUGGCUGUUCAAAUGGUGGAAAAAAAUUGUUUGGAGUCGAUCUUUUGGUUCCCAGUGCAAAUUCAGUGGCGUCAUCAAACAUCUCAUUGAAAUCUAAUGACGUUGAUAUCUCAGAUUUAAAGGUUGCUGACCAAAGCUACCUUGUAGGAAGGCUGGAUUUUUCCGUUGUACCUUUAAGUUUUGGAUCUGUCAUGUCUGGGAAGCCAUGGUGCAAUUCACAGGCUAUAUUCCCCAAAGGAUUUAAAAGCCGCGUAAAGUUUUUCAGUGUGCUUAAUCCGGCAAAAGUUUGUAGCUAUAUCUCUGAAGUACUGGAUGCUGGGUUCCUCGGGCCUCUGUUUAAGGUUACCUUAGAAGAACAUCCAAAUGAGAGCUUCACAACUGCCUCUGCAGAGGAGUGUUGGAAAAUGGUGUUGCAGCGAGUAAAUAAAGAAAUUGCACGGCGUAAAAACUCCGGGGAAAGACAUCUGCCCCCAGUGCAAGCUGCACAGAGCAUCAAUGGGCUUGAAAUGUUUGGGUUUCUCUCACCACCUAUUAUUGAGGCUAUUGAGGCUCUCGAUCCCGGCCACCUGAGCAGCCAGUACUGGAAAGACAGGAUUGCUACAUCAUCCGGUUCAAGUGCAGUCAACCAGUACCCAUCUGCAGCAGGAAAAGAUGCAAAGCUUUUUGGUUUCUGUUUGAGAAAGGCAGAUCCAGAUACUCCCUCUUUAAGAGACGAACAUUCGGUGGGUGAGAAUAAGCGGCUUGCUCUGCAACAGCUAUUCAGGAAGGCCAAUCCUCCAACCCUGUAGAAUUAAUAUUCUGCAGUGAGGCACAAAGCCUCGAAUGGAGAGCCACGUACAAAACAUCGACGGAAGAGAUGGAGAAAAAGUGUAGGUAAAUAAAGAGAACAGUCGAUUGAGAGUAGGUGCCGCAUUUCAUUUCCACAUUGGUUGGGCCAAUUUUUUCAUAAGAUGGGCAAGAAUUGUGCAGAAAUAUUUACUGCGCCCUCGACUCAAUAACGUAGAUGCUGGGUUUUGAUAGGAUGAUGUUCCUAGCAUCCUUGUACAUUUAGGAAAUUUACUGAACUAUAAGAAAUACAGGUCCCUCGUGUUUCAUUUUUGGGCAGAAUUUAGCUUUAACAUACUUUCUUCUCU